AUGGCUUUCGCUGUUUUGACAGUGUUAGUCGUCUGCAAAGACAAGAAUGGCGGAAGGAAAUACUACCGGAUGUUUGAAGGUCGUCCAGAGCUAAUACAAAUAUUUGGAGCUUUUGACGGUCAUGAGUUACCGGCCUUACAACAUUUAGGGUUAAUACACGAGCACGCGUUACGUGUCAUGGCAACAGUGGACGCUGUUGUUACGCAACUUGACGAUAGACGCACACUGGCAAGGACUCUUAAGGAUGUUGGCCAGAUACAUCGGAAAUACAAUGUGCCUAGUGACGUAAUUCCGACGAUACUUCCGCAUUUCCUCAUGGCAAUCAAGCCUCACAUUGAUGCCACGUGGUCAGAUGAAGUCAGUGAAUCGUGGACGGCGCUUUUUGAUAUUCUCAUAUAUUACAUGACAGAAGGAGAGAUGACACAGUCUGCGCCAAUACACUCUGGUUAUAGUGCUUUUCCGAAUGUAGAUAAUCAUGAACAAAAUUGCAAUGGAAGUCGACAUAAGUCAUAG